AUGUCAUCUGAGGAACCACUCUAUGUUCAAUUGGGACCAAGGAAAUGGGAGUUGGGAGGUGAAUAUCUAAAGUUGCUAGAACCAUGCAAUCAAUGUUUAGAAGCAGAAGAUGUAGGUCUUGCAUUAAGAAAUCAGUUGGAUGACAAGGGAUAUAUCUAUUUGAAACAGGUUUUGCCUGAAGAGUCUGUGUUGAAAGCACGAGCUGCAGUGCUUGAACAUAUUCAGCAUCUCAAUGAUACAGGUAUUCUUAAAAAACCAGUGUUUUCCUCUUCGUAUGUUGAUGGUAUCUUAUCCAGCGGUUGUGAUGUUGGUUGUAUUCCAUUCAUGGAAGGAAGUAAUUCCAUUACUAAUCAUCCUUCGGUGUUAAAUAUCAUUGAAAAUUCUUACUUAUAUCACAUUUUUACUUGCAUAUUUCAUGGUAUUCGUCCUGUAACAUUUGAUUUUAAAUGGUUAAGAGGUAUGCAUCAUGGUGGUAAUACUGGUUGUCAUCUAGAUAGAGUUUAUAUGAAUAGAGGUUCGCCUCAAUUGUUAACGUGUUGGAUUCCAUUUGAUAAUCUUACGCUAGAUAUGAGUGUGUUAGCAGUAUUAGAAGGUAGUCAUCGAAUGGAUAGAUCUGAUGAUAAUGGGUAUGCUAAACUACAAAAUACUUAUGCUAAUAUGGAUGUUGAUAGAGAUAAAUUACAAGGAACUGGAUGGUUCACGGAAGAUCCAAUGGAAUUCUAUCAGUUAAAUGAGGCACUUCCGAAUAAAGAUCAAUUUGGUCACCGAUCAUCUCAUUCUGAUCCUGUUUGGAAGACAACAGCUUUCUCAGCUGGGGAUGUUCUAAUUUUUACUAUGCGUACAAUUCAUAUGUCAUCUGUUAAUUUGACCAAUAAACUUCGUCUCUCAUGUGAUACGCGUUGGCAACCCUCUAAUGAACCAGCAGAUCCUAGAUUUAUUCAAGUAGAGAAAACCUUAAUAGGACACGCUGAAACAAAAUUUGGUCUUUAUGCGAAGAAUGCUGAUAAAAUUGAAGAUGGAAAAACGACAAUGAAACAGUGGAGGAAGAAAUGGGGAUUUGUCAUAAAACCAGAUACAGAAGAAAUGCCGUUGAACUCUUGA